UUCAUUGCAGUGCCGACGUCCACCUGGAAGGUGAAACUCGGGGAAAACGCAUGUUUCCUCAGUUUCCGGAUGAUCAGUGUAGCCUUCCUAAAAGAAAGAAAAUGGAAACCUGAAACGCACUUAGCUUAACAGUCUAGCGCUUUGUGAUAAUAUAAGAACAAUUUGGAGGUAAGAUUACCGACAACAUCGAACAGCAACUGGAUCUUGUUGAAGGUUGGAGAUCAUCCCUUAACCUCCCUUCUGAAUCAAUGGAAGGGUCUGACAGUUUAGAGCAAAAUGGCAGUGACCAGCCAGAGUCACAGCGCAGAAGGCAGCUGGACCGCCUGGACAGGGAAGAGGCCUUCUACCAGUUUGUUAACAAUCUCAGUGAUGAGGACUAUCGUCUCAUGAGAGACAACAAUCUUUUGGGCACCCCAGGAGAGGUAACAGAGGAUGAGCUGUUUAGUAGACUACAGCAAAUCAAGGAUGGUCCAGAACAGCAGAAUAACAGUACUAGUGCCCCCAGUACUGAAAGUGGAGAAGAUCCAGUUGAACCACCAGAAAACACUGAGGAUCCUGCCAAUGGGGAUAGUCUCUUAGACUGGUUAAAUACAGUGAGGCGUACAGGCAACACAACUAGAACUGGUCAUCGUGGAAACCAGUCAUGGCGAGCUGUAAGCCAGACCAACCCAAACAGUGGCGAUUUUCGCUUUAGCCUGGAAAUCAGCGUGAAUCGCAACCUGGCUGAACAGCAGGCUGCUGCUGAAGGUGAGCAGGAGUCUCCCCAGGAGUCUCCAGAGGGUCAAGAAGGGGUAGCAAGUGCUGAACCACAGGAGGCAAUUGCUGAACCACAGGAGGCAAUUGCUGAACCACAGGUGGAAAAUGCGGAACCAGAGGUGGAAAAUGCUGAACCAGAGGUGGAAAAUGCUGAACCAGAAGUGGAAAAUGCUGAACCAGAGGUGCCCAUGGAUACGGAAGUGGUAGAAGAACCAGUUAUAGAGGAGUUGGCUGUCACAGUGGAGCAAGAACCAGAGCCUGAAUUAGAAGAAGUUGUUUCACAAGAGAUUUUAGGAGAACCUCCCAGCUCACCUGCCGCCCUGCCGGUACAACCCCCACUUUCUCCUUCUCCACGCAGAGGACAAAGACGAGCCCGCAGCCGCAGUCCAGAACCACGCAGGACUAGGGCCCGUACAGCCAGGAGCCGUUCCCCUCUCAACCUGGAUCAGCUGGAUGGUCUCCCUAAUCCACGUCAUGCACACAGCUCUCAAAGCAUGAACUCUGCCACCAUUGCUCCCCCUGUGUCUCAAGUAGAGGGCAGUUCUCGGACUCGACAACAUGUUCUUUCUAGGCAAAGCGCUGCUGACAGUGAUGUUCAGCCAUCUAGGGCUAGUGCAGAAACGGUCCCAGAGGUCCAAAAUAUGGGACCUCAAGAAGGAGAAGCUGCUGGGGGUGAAGGGGGUGCAGCGGGGCGCCGCCCCCCUACUAUUAUGCUUGAUCUCCAGGUGCGUCGUGUGCGUCCCGGCGAAUAUCGCCAAAGAGACAGCAUUGCUAGCCGCACCCGCUCGCGAUCCCAGAACUCAAACAACACAUUUCUUUAUGAGAGUGAGCGUGGUGGAUUUCGUAGGACUUUCUCACGCUCUGAACGUGCUGGUGUGAGGACCUACGUCAGCACAAUACGAAUCCCUAUACGAAGAAUCUCUGAUGCAGGUUUGGGAGAGGCAACCUCAAUGGCUCUUCAAUCUAUGAUUAGACAGAUCAUGACUGGUUUUGGUGAACUUGGCUACCUCAUGGAUUCAGACUCUGAUUCUUCAGAUUCAAACCGUGGUGCCAACACACCUGCGGAUCUGGCUGAAGCCCUCAACAACCCAGAUGCUGCUACUCCUCCUGCUGCUGCUUCUGCUCCUGUUGCCGAUGUUGUUGAACCACCUCUGGCUGCAGGAGUUAGAGCAAGGACAGCAGAGGCUGAUAUUGACGAGGGCCUUGCUACUGCUCCACCUGCUUCAGGUGGCAGGGCUCGACCUAGACCACCUAUAAGCCUAGAGGAGCCCAGCACGCUGCCCUUCCUGCGGCUUGCCCACUUCUUCCUCCUAAAUGAUGACGAUGAGGACCAGCCCCAAGGGCUGACUAAAGAGCAGAUUGACAACCUCUCAAUGCGCAACUUUGGUGAGACUGAUGCCUUGAAAACUUGCAGUGUCUGCAUAACAGAAUACGCUGAAGGUAACAAGCUACGAAAGCUGCCCUGCUCUCAUGAGUACCACGUGCACUGCAUUGAUCGCUGGCUAUCCGAAAACUCUACUUGUCCCAUCUGCCGCAGGGCUGUCUUGAUAUCGGCCAACCGAGAGAGCGUGGUGUAGCUUAUUAAAAACUGCAGGCCUUUUGUCUCAACCUAAGUAAUCUAAUAUCCCAAGUCCCUAAGAGGUUUUGAGGAAAUGUGUCUCCACUGUUGAAAUGUAUUUCUUUCAUACCAUUUGUGAGUUUGAUCAUAAUGCAGUCAGGUUUGAUUUGCGGUGCUCCAUACAAUGACAUUGGGACAAGUUCAGUCUUUAGUAAGACAUUUAUUAUUGCAGUCCAAAGUUAGGCACAAGCAAUGCAUGCUGUUUGAAUUAACCUGUAGUGACCAAGGAGCUUGUUGCAUGGCGUCAAGCCAUGUACAUAAGCAGGCCGGUAUCUCUCAAAGAAUUUCCUGUUUAUAAAUGCUGCACACCUGCAGGUAGAGCAGGUACAUCUGCUAUUUUGUAUUAACUCCUAAAUGGCGCCUUAUAUACCGGAAGUUGGGCAUUGGUACAGUUCUUAGUUACACCAGUUCAAAGUAUUAGCUGUAAAUAAGCUUGUAAAAAAUAUUUUGGAUCAUACUUUGUAUCAGUGAAUUGGUUUUGAAUUGUAGAUUAUCUCAUAUAAAGAUUAGGGUCACGUUGACUGCAAUUACUCUCUAUCAGAGAAUCCCUAAAUUUUCUGUUAAACAAAUAGGUGGUAUCAGCGUACACAGUCCCAAGGAGGUUGGACAUUAAUUGGUUUGCAAAAUACUAGUGACUUGUACUCCCUUUUUGUACACCUAAAAAGAAACAAAGUACCAUUUUGGGGUAGCAUUUACCAUGAAAAAUCUGUGUGAAUUGUUUAAAAUCAAGUUUUCGGCAUGUGAAUUUUUCCACCUCAUAAUAUACUGACAGGCAUGAUGUUAAACAUAUGAAUAUACUUUUUUUUCCUUUUUUUUCCCAAGUGUAAAAUGACGUUUACUCAUUUUGUCCUGCCAUCCAUUAGCUAUUGGUCUUAUUCUUUAUUUUUCUACUAACAUAAUGGAUUGUCUUUAAUUAUUGACUGAUGAAUAACAUUCUCUAAGCUGAUAUCAGCAUGGAUUGAAAUGAUCAGAAAUUGACUUAAAAUUAAAUGUCAACCCAAGCCAGAAUAGAUCUGUUUACCUGGAGGUUUACAUCAAGGUACAAGUGACAAAUUAAGUUAUUAAUCCAAAGGUUUGAGUGUCAAAUAUUAACCAAGUCUGAAAAAUUCACAUUAUUAUUGUCCUCUCUUAGUAAGGCUCCAGUAGAAAGUCAAGAUGCUCGCCUACUGUGCCCUCCUUCGGCCCCUUGAGCAGAUGCUCCAUAUCAGUGUGCAAUACAUGCUAAAGUGAAAGUAGGGAAAUACAAACAAUGAUAUAAAUGUAUGCUAUUGUUAAAAAGCAGGUGUUAAUGGCUAAAAUCUUAAAUGAAGACUUAUUACGUUUUUUAAAAUGUGUUGAAGUUAUUUUAUUUAGAAGUUCUGUAGGUUUUAAUAGCACUGUUGAUGAACAGGAAUGUUGGCUAAGGGAAGAAAUGGGCAUCACUAUCAAUGCCAUCCUGUCAUGUUUCUUGUUCUACCGGUUGAUGUCUCUCCCCUGAUUAUUCCCUUUGUGGGAUAUAAAAGUUUGAAUGCGAGACGUUGUCAUUGUUGAAUACCAUAAACAUGUAAAUGAAAUGUAUGUUUUCCUCUUAGGCCAUUCUUUAGUUGUGGCCUUGUUCUGUGUCACCCAGUGCAGUAUGGAACUGGGUGUUAAAUAAAACUAACCGCUGAAUUAAACAAGUUAAUGCUACAAAAUGCAUUGCUGGUAGGUAUUCUGUACACUCACGGUCAUUGUAUAAUUUUAUUCUGCAUUCAGGUGCACACCUUAUUAGUGAUCAUUACGUCUAUUAUAUGUUAAACAUAUUAAAUUUACAUUUA